GAAAGAACCUCUACAAUAACGAGCACGUUGCAAUAAAGAUGGAACCGAUGAAGUCAAAAGCGCCGCAGCUCCACUUAGAAUAUAGGUUUUACAAAUUGUUAGGUACACAUGAGGGUGUACCGGAGGUCUACUACUUCGGUCCUUGCGGGAAAUACAACGCACUGGUGAUGGAGCUCCUUGGACCCAGUCUCGAGGAUCUUUUCGACCUUUGCGGAAGAAGAUUCUCCCUCAAGACCGUUCUCAACAUUGCCACCCAACUUGUACGUACC